AACGUGCUCGCUCCACCCUAAAAGGCAAAAGAAAGCAUCGGGAGCCACCGCAGCAGCACACCACCACUCCUCCCCGCGCCCUCAUAAUACUCCUGCUACGGCACGGCACCACCACCGUCACCACCCAGGCGCCCACCUCGCCGGAGCAGAGUAGCCAUGGCCGCGCCCCCAGCGAUCCCGCGCCGCGGCCUCUUCAUCGGCGGCGGGUGGCGCGAGCCCACCCUGGGCCGCCGCAUCCCCGUCAUCAACCCGGCCACCGAGGACACCAUCGGCGACAUCCCGGCAGCCACCGCGGAGGACGUCGAGCUCGCCGUCGCGGCCGCGCGGUCCGCGUUCUUGCUCGACGGCGGGAGCCGCUGGGCGCGCGCUUCCGGGGCCACGCGUGCCAAGUAUCUGAACGCGAUCGCCGCUAAGAUUAAAGAAAAGAUAUCGUAUCUGGCAUUGCUGGAGACAGUUGAUUCUGGAAAGCCCAAGGAUGAAGCAGUUGCUGACAUGGACGAUGUCGCUGCAUGCUUUGAGUACUAUGCUGCUCUGGCUGAAGCCUUAGAUGGAAAACAACAUGCACCAAUCUCUCUGCCCAUGGAAGAAUUCAAGACCUAUGUUCUUAAAGAACCCAUCGGGGUUGUUGGACUCAUCACUCCCUGGAACUAUCCUCUGUUGAUGGCUACUUGGAAGGUUGCACCUGCCCUGGCUGCUGGGUGUACAGCUGUGUUAAAACCAUCUGAGCUGGCAUCUCUAACUUGCUUAGAGCUCGGCGCAAUAUGUGAAGAGAUAGGACUGCCUUCAGGAGUUCUGAACAUAAUUACUGGUCUGGGCCCUGACGCAGGUGCUCCAAUAGCUUCACAUCCCCAUGUGGAUAAGAUCGCUUUUACAGGAAGUACUGCAACUGGUAAGACGAUAAUGACCGCUGCUGCUCAAAUGGUUAAGCCUGUUUCAUUAGAGCUUGGUGGCAAAAGUCCUCUUGUUAUCUUUGAUGAUGUUGCUGACAUUGACAAAGCUGUUGAAUGGGCCAUGUUUGGUUGUUUUUUCAAUGGUGGUCAAGUUUGCAGUGCAACUUCUCGCCUACUUCUCCAUGAGAAAAUUGCAGAGCGAUUUUUGGAUAGACUUGUCGAAUGGGCAAAGAAUAUAAAAAUCUCAGACCCACUAGAAGAAGGUUGCAGGCUGGGUUCAGUCAUCAGUAAAGGGCAGUAUGAAAAGAUCAAGAAGUUCAUCUCAACAGCAAGAAGUGAAGGUGCUACAAUUUUGCAUGGGGGUGACCGACCAAAGAAUCUCGGAAAAGGGUUCUUCAUUGAACCCACUAUUAUAACAGGCGUUAGCACAUCAAUGCAAAUUUGGAGAGAGGAAGUCUUUGGACCAGUCAUCUGUGUGAAAGUAUUCAAGACAGAGAGCGAAGCCGUCGAGCUUGCAAAUGAUACGCACUAUGGCUUGGCUGGUGGUGUGAUCUCUGAUGAUCUAGAGAGGUGUGAGCGUAUCGCAAAGGUUAUUCACUCUGGAAUUGUUUGGAUAAACUGCUCGCAACCGACUCUGGUUCAAGCUCCGUGGGGAGGGAACAAGCGGAGUGGUUUCGGCCGGGAGCUAGGAGAAUGGGGCCUCGAGAACUACCUGAGCGUGAAACAAGUCACCAGGUACUGCAAAGAUGAGCUAUACGGUUGGUACCAGCGCCCAUCCAAGCUGUAGAUGACUUGAGAGUUGAGACGAGGCGUCCAUGUCAUGAGAAUGGAGCCUCGUUCACUGGAGGACGGGAUGAAUCCUGAUCUUGUGCACGGGGGGAGACUUCUGUACAGCGGUUUCGCAAUAAUGCCAUUGUAUGUAUGGCAAACUUGGUUAUGGACUUAUGGUAGCGCGUGUCGUCGAGCCUGUGACAGAUGUGGUUGAUCAGAACUCAGAAACUUGCUAGAGUAAAAACGACAUUACGUUCUGCUGC